AUGUCACCAUCAUCGAACACAACCGCUGCUUCGACGGCUACUGGGCCCCACCGGUUCCGCUCGAGUGCUGCCAGUUUUUCCCCUAGCCAGCCGUCCAAUAUACAGCUCCAGCAGCAGCAACAGCAGCAGCAACAGACCCAACAACAGCUCCAGCAUCAACAGGGACAGCACCAGCCGGGCCAAGGACCCCCAAUUCACCACCUGUCUCAUCUUCACCACCAACAGCAACAGCAGCACCACGCCGCUGCUGCCGCUGCUGCUGCUCAACAGCAGAUGUACCAGCAGUAUAUGUACGCCGGAGUACCGCCACCUAUGUCUGUUAACCCUUACUACCCACAGUAUAUACCGCAGAAUCCAUAUAUGCCAAUCCCAGCUGCUGCAUAUAACCAGUUCAUGAACCCAUACAGUCAGCCGUACAACAGUUUUGGCCAACAGGGCUACGCCAACGGCGGCUAUUCACCUACUAUGCAUAAAGGCUACAACAAUGCUAACACUAAUAAUACUAAUAACAAUAAUAAUAAUGGAUACAAGAGUUACCAUAAGGGAGCCAGGAGAGAAAGAGGUGAUACCAUCAACAAUGGGAGUAGCGGUAGUACCACUAGUAAUAGCAACGGCUCCGAUUCCAACGUACAUUCUUCGGCCACAACUAAGAAGGACCAGAUAACUCCUGAGACUCCUGAAACCACUCCUGCUUCAACCACGCCCCCAGCUUCCAGUACUGGGACAUCGGUAUCUACAUCAGCAUCAUCGUCAUCGGAAACCACUCCUUUCCCAGAGACUAGGAAAGAAACUAGCAUCAUAAAAAAUGAGGAGGUUGAAAACAAACUGAAAAAUCAAGAGAUCCAAGAAGUUGUGGAUAACGGCGAGGGAAGAGAGAAUGAUACAAAGCAUGAACAAGAAGACAAACUGGAUACAAUCAGCAUUUCCAGCAUUCAAACGAAUUCAGAACUCGACAUUUGGGAAUCCAUACUUCAUUCUCUUCCCGUCGAAGACAUUUCUAAUGUUCACUUAUCAUUUCCAAUUUACUUUAACACAACUGCAACCGAUUUUGCAUCUGAUUUCAAGGCAUCUCAUGAAGAUAGAAAGGAAAGGCAGAGGAUAACGGGAGAACAGUUGAAAGAAGAAGGUGAAUUAGUUGUGAUAAAAGCCACUAAUCAAGAAGAUGUGGUUGAAUACAAGAAAGAAGAAAAGCAGCAGCCUCAGCAACAGCUGCCUGGAGGGAACUGGGCUGAUAUGUUACAAAAGAAGGCAGCAGCUGCAGCAGUUGCUGCUAAGAAGACUGAGAAGUCUGUGGCUUCAUCUCCAGCUGCAUCUAAUACCAGUGCGCCAACAAGCAAGCAAAGUGUAUCAGAGGCUCCAACUAGUGAACCUUCAACCUUCCCGUUGGGAGUCACUUUGCUCAAGCUUAUGUUUGACUCAUCAUAUUCACCUUUUGCGCACGAUUCUCCAAUAUUCAAGAUAAAGCCAAGAGGUUUGACCAAUACGGGAAAUAUUUGUUAUAUGAAUGCUGUGUUACAAGUAUUGCUCUAUUGCGAACCUUUUAAUAGGUUAUUCAAAAUAAUAGAACUGAAAACUAUCGGGUCACUUUCUACCAAGUCUAAUACUCCUUUGAUGGACACCACCAUUAAUUUUUUCAAAGAAUUUGCUGCCAAGCAACAACAACCAGGUCCAAAAGCAUUGAGCCCAGAGAAAUUCUACUUUCAAUUGAUCAAAUUGCCAAAAUUCUCACAUCUUAAAUGGGGUCAACAAGAGGAUGCAGAAGAGUUUUUAGGGUACUUUUUGGAUGGCUUGCACGAGGAGUUUGCUCUGGCAUUGAAGAGCUUACUGCCCGAACAAAUCGAAGACGUUUGUAAGACCGAUACUACACCUAACUUCAAGCUUAACGUUAAAAGCACAAUGAAGAUAAUAAACAAGACAGCAGGUGAAGAGAAGAAUGAUAAUGAAGACUCGGAUUCUGAUUCCUCUUCCUGGAAUGAAGUUGCAGGAGGGGGUAAAAAGGUUGUGGCUGCUAAGAGAACAGUUGAAAUAGAACCUACUCCUAUCAGCUCUCUUUUCGUUGGUCAAUUCAGAUCUGUAUUGACCAUCCCUAAAUCUAAGGAAUCGCAACUGAUUACUUUGGACCCAUUCCAAUGUAUCCAGUUGGAUAUAUCUGACUCCAGAAUCAGCACCAUUGAAGAUGCAUUCAAGAUCUUCAAUGAACUGGAAGACAUUCCAUACAAAACCUCAACAUCAUCCCAAGUUAUUGCCAAGAAGCAAACGUUCAUCGAUGCCUUUCCGAAUGUAAUGGUUAUUCAUUUGAAGAGGUUUCUGUACGCUGCUGGCAAGGCUAAUGAAAAUGAGUUUAACGACAAUGUAAAUAAUAAUAUUGAUGAAAUUAAUAAUGAUAAUAACGAUAAUGAAGAUGAUAAAGAUAAUAGUACUAACAGCAAUACUAAUGAACUUGGGUCUGUUGGUAAAUUAAGGAAGAAGGUGAAAUACACUCAUACAUUUACCAUUCCUAACGAAUGUAUCUCCCCUGCAGUCAAGAAGCAACAACCAAAUAUAUCCAAGAGUUACAGAUUAAUUGGAGUGGUUUAUCAUCAUGGUAACAGCACUGAUGCUGGACAUUACACUUCUGAUGUUUUAAGAAGAUCAUCUGUUUUCGACGAAGAGGAUGAAUUGAUAGGAAAGAAGUUUGACAAUGAAUGGAUUAGAAUUGAUGAUACUCAAGUCCAACAAGUCGAUAAACUAGAUGUAUUGAAUGGUGAAGAAGGAAGCAAGACUGCAUAUAUCUUGAUGUAUCAAAAGAUCUAG